UCCAUCAAUGCCGGAAUGAAACCCGUCUGGAGCUUCUUCCCCCAUCUAUUUUAAUGCUCCCUCCCCCCCUUUGGAGUACUAGAGGGGGAUUCAAACGUCCUCCGGUUAACAAGUCUCGCGUUAGUGUUGUAUUGUUUUUUCAAAAAGUUGAUUUUAAGAGUUUGUUACAGUUGUCAGAAUUUGACUAAUUGAUUUCAUUAUGGAUAGUACUAUACCAGAAGUAAUCAUUGCUUCCAGUAAAGUAUGCUCCGUAUUUGAUGCUACUAAUUCGAACGAAAUUACUUCAUAUAAAGAUGAAAAUCCUUUGUCACCUAAGACACUAUGUUUGAUUGCAGAUUAUUUUUUAAUUGCUGCUUAUUCUAACAAACCAAUGUUGAAAGUGUGGACUAUUUCAAAAGUGCGAAAACAAGAAACAGGGAGUUUUGUCGUUCCUGGACAGGUUUCUGCUCUUGCAGUCUCUAAUUGUGGCACUUUUUGUAUCGCUGGAAUCAAACAAGAGAUUUAUGUGUGGGAUGUUUCCAGCGGGGAAAUUUUAAGCAUACUUGAUCGUCAUUAUCAGGAUAUAUCAUGUUUAAAAUUUACAGCAGAUGAUUCUCGUUUUUUCUCAGGAGGUAAAGAUGGUCAUGUGAUGGUGUGGGUCUUGUCUUGUGUAGUUGAUGUGAGUACCCGAGAUGAUACUAUAAAACCACACUUUGUGUGGAAUAAACACUCUGCUGCCGUUACUGAUAUUUACAGUGGACAUGCUGUAUCUCGGGUAGCUACAACUUCUCUUGAUAUGACUUGCAAUAUAUACGAGCUAGAUUCAGGAUUGUUGCUAUCAACAAUUUGCAUGGAUUCACCUCUCACUUCUGUUGUCAUGGAUCCAUUAGAAUAUUUUAUAUUCUUAGGUGAUGGAACCGGCUAUUUGUAUAAAAUCGAUACAUAUGAAAAGUUACAACUUGAGAUACAUAAAGAUGAUGUGGAUAAUAACGCAUCUCUUAAACUACAUGAUACCAGUAUUUUUUCACUUUCUAUUUCUUCUGAUGGAACACGACUCAUGACAGUAUCAGAAGACAGCUGUAAAGUAUGGCAUAUGCUAUCCAUGUCUUGUAUUCUAAAUAUUCCUUCUGAAGGAAAGUUUACUAAUGCUUUUCUCGCGGUAAAACCGCCAUGUUUAACUGAUCCAUCAGUUAGGCCCCAUUCAUGUAUUCGAGCAUUUCAAAAAGAAAAUUCACCAACAGUUGAUGCCAAAAAAUACAUUGAAACAAGUAUACAACGCAAGGAACUUUCUUUAAUGUAUGAUGGCUGCCCUGAUAAAUUUAUCAGCAGUUCUUUCUUAAGUCCUGGAAAUAAAGUUGACGCUCUUGAAGAAUCUGUUGAGCACAUAUUUGAAGACGUUGUACACGGGCCACUUCUAAACCAUUUGAUGACAGUAAAUCACCAUCUAUAUGCAAAUUCUAUCAAAACUGUUCUUAAUGAAAUAUAUGACGAGCCAACAUCCCCUAAAUAAUUUUUAAUGAGAAUUACUUCUGCCAAUAAAGAAUGUUUUGGGGUGUAUAUAACAUUUUAAGAUUUAUUAGUUAUGUAUAAAUAUCUAAAUAUCUUAUAAUUUAUUUUAAACUUUUUUACAAAUUAUAUGUGUCAGUAAAAUGUUUUGACCAUUCAAUUUCUGAGAUAUCCUAAAUUUUGUAUAUGUUUCUCAUUGUAAAUGUUAGCUCUUUAUUUAGUUGUUUAUAAUACAAUUUAAUGAUGCAGUUAAUCACCAUUUUUAUGUUAUUGCAUUUAUUAAAACCUGAUUUGUUAUACAUUUUUAUAAUGAAUUGGUUAUAAUCAGUGCAACAGCAUAAAUUCAUUAAUUAUUGUAACUUUUAUUGUUAGUAGAAAGUACAGUUCCAAGUUCUUUGGUUAGGCCCUUUCAAAAUGUUUUAUGUUGACACAUAGGAAAUGUUUAUAUCAUGAUUUCUGUUAAUGUCUUGCUCUAUGUAAUGAAGAAUUUUUUAAAAGUGUAAACUAUGCUAAUUAUUAAUUCUUUUUUCAUGAGAAAAUGCUUUCAUAUCUAUAUUUUUUUUGAGCAAAUAACAUGUUUUUAUCUUUAUGUACAAAUUAAUUUUUUUAAAAAGUUGAUGUAUACAUCUGAACCAGCUUUUAUAUUGGAAAAUGUUUUUGUAAUCUCUUCUGAAAUUUUGUUGUGGAACAAAAUAAAAUGCCCUUAAAGACUUACAGUUUAAAGAAAUUUUUAUAGAUGCAUUUAAGGGCUUGGAAUUAACCCUGAUUUGAGGAUUCUUCCUUUUGUGCAAAAAGAGAGUAUUUUGUGUGUGUGUGUGGGGGGGGGGAGACUAAUACGUGGAAAAGAUAUGAAAAUUACCAAUUCAGGGUACAUAGCUUCAUUAAAAGUCAUUAAAGACUGCUUACUUUUUAUGGUCCUUAUAUAAGGGCCUUAAAAGUGCUUAUUUUUAUUUCUGAAGAUAAAAUUUUCUUAAAGUUAGAUUUGUCCUAAAAAAGGAAUACAUUUUCUUUGUUUUGUCUCAUCCUUCAAUGAAAAGUACUGAUCAUAAAGAAGGAAGUGAUGCUGGUUGCUGAUUCAUUUGCAUUAAUGAGUCCAAAGAUUGAAAAAAGUUUCUCCUAUGGUUGUAAUAGUAUAUAUGUAUGCAUGGUGAUAAAAUAUUUCUUUCAUUUACCUAACUUUACUUUUUAUCUUCUAUUGCUUGCACCCGUAAGUUUCUUUCCAGGGAUAAUUUUAUCCUUCGGCCUGAAAUACAUAUGUAAAGUUGAUUUAACUGUAACUAAAACUCACUGCUGCACAUUUGUUUUGUGGUUACUUCUUUGUAGAAUAUUUGUUAUAUUUUAAUAUUUUUAUCUAUAAAUUAUAUAAACAUUUUUACUGCAUUUAUUUUUUUACAAUAUGCUUGGAAGAUGUGUAUUCAAUUUACUGUGAACUUACAAGAGUGAAUCCAUUGAACACACAUUGAAUGGUUGAGGACCUUAAAAUAAAUUCUUCUUAAAAUAAAUAUAAAGCAAAGUGCUCAUGGUGCUCCAAAGAAUUUGACAUUUUUAAUGUAGGAGAAAUAACUGUAAAAAUCGAAAACAAGAAUUUUUAGAGUCUUCUGAACUUAAAAAAAUUACCUUUUAAAUUCUGUAAUCAUAGAUGGUUUGAAACUGCAUCAGUGAGCAAAUGUGCAUUUAAAGUCUGACAAAAUGUGACAAAUUAUGUAAAAUUAGUUGAAAGUGGUAAACUUCCCAAAGUUGCCUUUAAAUAAUUUUUUUCAUUUUUUCCAAUUGGAGAUAAAAUAAUACCUCUGAAGUUCCUUCCCCCCCCCACAUGUGUUGCAAAUCCCAUUAAACCCAUUUCUUCAAAUGUAUCAGAGUGAUCGCCCACUAUUGCUUUUUUUAGGGGAUAAAUUAUUGGAAAAAUUACAUUCCAAAAAAGAAUUAUCCCAUACAAAUUAUCUGCUUUUCAAACAUGUCAAAAUUUGUUUAAAAAAUGCUGGCAUAUAUAAUAAUUAAGUCUUCAAUAAAUUAUGCUUUAGUAGGCAAUGUUAUAUGUAUUGACCCAGUAUAAAUGACAGCUUGAAAACAAAAUGAUAUGAGUUCUUUUGUACUUGCACUAGGAAAGAUGAAGAUGAAUGUGAUGCUGUUCUAACAAAAUAUAUAGAUUUCUUGAAAAAUGU